UAUCUUGAGUUCACCGAUUUAUUACAUUUGUGUUGCUGAGCCUGAAAAAAAUCCUGUCGAAACAAAAUGGCAGCGCCCAUGAAAACUAACAAACCUGACAUGAGCCGUAAGCAAGAGAAGAGAAGUUUUCCAGUUUUAUCCGAUAAUACUGAAGACAUCAUUAUAAAUCUCGUUGAUGAUGAUGACGAUGAAGAUGAGGAACCGGUAACAGCGACGGUAAAAGAUCCAGUAGCCCAAGAUCAGAAGGACUUAUCGAAACUUCCAGAGGCAGCACAGAAGCUCCUCAAGAGUCUUGAAUAAAACCCCGGAAGGCGGCAAUUUGACAUGAGCACCUUUGACCCAGAGAACAGCGAACGAGAGAUGAGGAAACUAAGGAGAACAUUCCAGAGCACCAGUAUUCAGCAAAAACCCAGAAAUCAUGUGAUGUACAACGAGAAAGGACUGCUCCUGGCAAACAAUCGGGACCUCUGCGACUGCCUGAAUGUGAAGUGCCCUGGGUGCUACUAUCCCUGUGAGCAAUGCUCCUCCACAAAAUGUGGGGUGCAGUGCCGCUGCAAUAGGAAAUGGGUGUACAACCAGGUGGAGAACGAAAGUGGAGGCGGCAUCAUCAAAUUUGACAAGUAGACUUCUACGUCACUGAUGGAAAGAAAAAUACGAUUUUGGGAAGCAGAAACCUGUUUGAUUAGAGAAAUUUUCAAGUUGUAGGCAAUAUCUCUCAAGUCAUCAGGCGUCAUUCAAAAGUCAUCUGGUAUCAAGUCAAGUGGCAAGCUAUUUGAAUUGAACUGCAACAAAGACGUUCAUCCCGUUACUGAUUGCCUUUGUGAUUUGAAUUAUUGACUCUUUAUUGACCGGACUACAACUCUUAUGUCAUUGAAAUAAACUUACAAUAACUGUUUAGCUGUACCUUAUGGAAAACUGCAUUAUUUAUACCAGUACAUGCGAUUGUAUAUAUUGUACAAACAUUAUUACUAUUGAAAAGCCAAGUUGUAAAUAUGUGAAUAAUGGAAAAGUUGGUAUCAUGCCCAGUAAAAACUUUCAGGUGCUUAAUGUAAACUUAUUUAAAAAACA